AUGGGUCCAGUGUCUGUGAAAGUAACUCAGCCAAGAAGUAGAGUGCCGUUGAAACUGUACAUUGUAGGAGCCCCUUGCCAGUUGGGUGCUAUAGCCAGUUGGGUGCUACAGCCAGUUGGAUGCCUCAGCCAGUUGGGUGCUACAGCCAGUUGGGUGCUACAGCCAGUUCGGUGCUACUGCCAGUUCGGUGCUACAGCCCUUUGCGUGCUACAACCAGUUGGUUGCUACAUCCAGUUGGGUGCUACGGCCAGUUGGGUGCUACGGCCAGUUGGGUGCUACAGCCAGUUGGGUGCUACAGCCUGUUGGGUGCUACAGCCAGUUGGGUGCUACAGCCCGUUGGGUGCUACAGCCCGUUGGGUGCUACAGCCCGUUGGGUGCUACAGCCCGGUGGGGCUACAGCCAGUUGUGCGCUACAGCCAGUUGGGCGCUACAGCCAGUUGGGCGCUACAGCAACUUGGGCGCUACAGCCAGUUGGGCGCUACAGCCAGUUGGGCGCUACAGCCAGUUGGGCGCUACAGCCAGUUGGGCGCUACAGCCAGUUGGGUGCUACUGCCAGUUGGGUGCUACUGCCAUACAGCUUGUUUA